AUGUCCUCCAAAAAUUACAAAAUUAUCCAUUAAAAAAUGUCAAGUACAUCCAGAUAUCGUGAUGAUCCCUUGCCAAUCAAUAACAAAUAUCAAGUAUUUCUAAUUGAAGACAGCACCAGAGUCACUGAUUUGAUUGAAAAAGACAAAUGCACCCCACAUGUCUCAAUGAUCGAUCGGUUUUGGGGUCACAAAACUCAAAGAGUAACGGUUCAGCCUCUCUUUGAAUAGAAGGAGUGCUAAUAGGACGAAUAAAAACAAACAGAAAAGUAAGUAAUCAGAGAAGAAGCACCAGUACAGACUCAGUUGCCUAUACUAAAAAAGAGUAUGAGUUUAAAGAAAUUCAAGGAGAGUUUGAUGUUUGAUGAGAGAACUAAUUCAAUUCCUAAAAGCACUAAACAAAAUCCAAUUAUUGAUACUUUGAUGAGAGACAGUGAAAUCUUUUUGAAAAAAGGAGAGCUCUUAGAACAAGUGAAUAAUCUGAAGCGAUUGCAGGUGUUGAAGAAUUACGAAACCCAUCAGUAAAUUUAAUAUUGUAAUAACAAGUGUGAAUUUGCCUGGAGUGGGUAAACUGCCCUAUAUUAUAAAUGACUAUCAUUCCAAAAGCACAAAUCCAGGAUACUCAAGGAAUAAUAAGGGGAAUUUUUUCACCAGAUGA